UCUUCCAAAGAGGUAUCAGUCAAUCAUUGCAAUGGCAGCUCCACGCGCAUUGCUUCUUCUGGGUGUUGCCGUUGUGCAACUUUUUAACUUGGCGUGGUCUUGUCCACCCUCUUGUUCAUGGACAACAUGUAGGCAUGAAUGGAGAAAUGAUUGGUCUCCUCGUUCUUCUCCUCAAGGACGAUGCGUAGAGCAGUGGAGAAGAGCUCAUAUCAUCACUCACAGGCAUAAUGGGAAGGGGAGAUGUCCUUCGUCGCAACACUGCGGUCAUGCUUCUCAACGUCAAAGGCUGUGUUCUUGUAAAAACACAUACUCUUGCCCCUUCCAUAAUUGGUCGGGAUGGUCUGGACAUGUAAGUCCGGGAACUUGUGCAAGACAGUCGCGUAAUAGACGUUACAAUGAAUAUGUCAGAUAUGUCACAAGAAUGCAUAAUUGUAACGGUAUCAAGAGUUCGUGUGGAGCCGCGCAGUAUGAUUACAGAACAUACUGUAAGUGUCGGUACGCUAGUUGUACCCUAGGAUCUUGGGGUGCAUGGACGGACCUUCCAUCGCCUGUCCACAAGGAUCAUUGUGCAUCACAGAAGAGGACUCGUGGUUAUACUCUAGUAUGGAAGUACCUUGAAAGACGAGAUAACUGCAAUGGUGUUGGACCCCUGUCUUGUCCGUCCAACCAAGAAGAAACAAGAGAAAAGGUCGUAACAUGUCCACCUCUUCCAAGGCCCGCUCAUGGUUCCUGGGACCGAGAUGACUGUAUGGUUAACCCUCAGAUCUGUAAAUCUCCUUGUAAGAUUCAGUGUAACGUACGGGAUGGAUUUGCUGUGUCAGGACCAAGUACACGAAUCUGCAAAUCCAAUGGUCAGUGGAGCACUCCAUGGAAUACUUACUGUAAAGAUGUUCAGCAGCCGGUUAUCACAUGUCCUCCGUCUAAAGUUGUUGGUAACGACCCUGGGAAAGACUUCGCUACCGUCAAACUACCAACACCCACCGCCAAGGACAACAGCGGUAAACCUCCUCGAAUCACCAAUGACGCUGGCGCAGCGGUCAAACAGUUUAAAAUCCAAUCUUCAGUGCAUACAGUGAAAUAUACCGCGACAGAUGAUGCUGGGAAUAGCGCAUCGUGUUUCUAUCAUAUCACCGUGAAAGACACCGAACGUCCAUCAGUGGUUUCAUGCCCCGAUGAUAUCAAAGUACGAACAAGCCUAAAUAAUGAACGAGUAAGCUGGAGCUACCCUACGUUCAAAGACAACUACGACAAACCACCUCACAAUCCUUUACGAAUUACAAGUAAUACCAACCCUGGAAACUCGUUCACAUGGGGCGUCCACAAAGUCAUGUACACAGCAUUUGAUAGAGCCAACAACAAUGCCAGCUGUGAAUUCUUUGUAGAUGUUGGGCCCAACAAAUGUCCUUUAUUCGAUGCUCCAAAACAUGGAGGUCGUGCGUGUAACAAAUAUACAAACAACGUGAAAUACGAAAUGCUGUGUAAUGUUCAGUGCAAGAAAGGAUACGCAUUUGCAAAGGACGCCCCAACCGUCUACAUGUGCCAGUCAGAUGGAACAUGGCAUAAAAUGGUUUAUGGAAGUCCUGUUCAGGUGACAAACGCGGAAAAGAAGCCUUGGCCAGAUUGUGCUCCUCAAACUGGAGCCAACUCGGCUGUGAAAGAGUUCACAUUCUACACAGGCGCCUGCGUGGGAGAUGAGGGGCAAGCCAUGAAUCAGAUUCGACAAAACUUCCUGAAAGCAAUCCAACAAAGUCCAUUGGCAAACUUUGUUCUUUGUCAAGUCAGCCAACAUCAGGAUUGUGUUGUAAACAACGUCAAAGUGUACUGUGGGGCAGAGUCCAAACGUGAUGGAAAGACACCAGCACAAAGAGUCAUCAAAUUUGAUUUCGUCAUGAAAUUCACCGACCCAAGUGGUGAUCGUAAAGUUGAUGCUGCCAAGGUUUUGAAGCUUAUGAAGGAUCUUGAGAAGUUGGAAAACUAUGUCAAAACAAAAUUUCCAAGUCAAGCAAACAUACCCGGAUUACAAGUCGUGGCCCAAAAGGGAGAUGUUUUUUGUGAGCCACCAAAAGUGAAAAGAAUCCUUAGCGGCAAUGAAUCAGAGAUUGAGAGAUCAGUUUGCGUGGAGUGCCCAGUGGGAAGUUUCUAUGACAACACUACUAGGACAUGCGCAGAUUGUCCUGUUGGUCAAUACCAAGACUUAGAAGGCCAAACACACUGCAAGCAAUGUCCAAAGGGGAAAGAGUCAGUAGAGCGAGGAGCUUCACUCAUUUCAGAGUGCUACGACUCUUGUAAAGCUGGUGAAUACACCCAUAAGACACUUGGAGGAGCGGUCACGUGUCUUGCUUGUCCAUUGGGUAGUUACCAGCCCAAACCACUUUCCAAGUCAUGUUUGCACUGUCCCUCGGGUAAAACUACUACGAGUGUUGGAGCGACUGCACUGGUCGAUUGCAAAUAGAUUCAAAACAUGGUAUCAGACAUUUACACUACAUUCUCGAGUAGUUAAACCUAAAGACUACACCACUGUCAUAGAGAGUCACAAGACUUUUAGUAAUGCAGUCUUUUCGUUAUUGUCAUAUAGUUAUUAGAGAUGUUGUACCUUUCUGUAUUGUAACUGAAGAAUAAACGAGAUGUACCCAAUA